AUGCCAUUGGAAUCGCAUGCGAAGGGAAGCGAGAUGCAGCUUACGGAAGAAGAGAUACAGGGUGAGAGGAUGAAGGCGCUGAAUGCGAAGAAUAUGAGGUUGCAGGGAGAAAUAUCGAUUUUGCGUAGGAACAUGAUAUCGCUUGAGAAGGAGAAUUUUUCGAUGAAGGAGCAGAAGAGCCAAGCGACCUUGUAUGAGCUUCGCAAGAUUGAGAGCCUGAAGAAGGAGGUGAAUGUUUUGAAGGUUGAAAGCAGGAUAAAGGAGAAUCAGUUCCGUGCAUUUAAGAAGCAGAAGGUUGAGCCUGAGAUUGACAUCAAGUGGGCGCUUUUGAAAGCGCAGAGUGAGAUAAGCUUCUCGCUGUAUCCAUUUGAGUACCGGAGAUUGCGGUUUCUGAAGGACUUUUUCUACCACGACUUCUGUCAGCUGGACUCGAAGCUUGUGAUUAAAGAGAUGAAACAGCGGAUAUGCCGGUUCAAAGAGUUUGUUGAGUUUUACGUUUUGUUUAGCUGCAAAGCGGAAGUUUUCAGGGAGUUUUUCCAAGCGGUGCUUGUGAACCAACUGUUUAGUGAAAGGAAGAUUGAGUUGUUCAACACAUUGCCCGUUGACUGGAUACUGAACUUCAAUGAUGAAAGGAUGGUGGUGCUUGUAAAGGAUUAUGUUGAUAGGAACUACAAGCAGAUGGUGUUUUUUCUUCAGAGAGUAGUUGAGGAAAGGCCUUUUCUGCUGAAUGUGAUUAUGACGAAGCAGAUGUUCAAUGAGGUUGCACGGAUGAAUACCAAGGGAGCACGAAGGCUUGUGGCUGAGAUAUGCAAGAAGGGAGGCAUGUCGUUUGUUGAUCAUACAAAUCUUCAUUAUAUUUCGCAGGAUGAUUUGAAAGCGAUCUAUGGAAGCCUGUACUUUGAAGUGAGCUUGGAUUUGAGUUAUGAAAAGCAGGCGCGUGUGAUGAGGGAGGAAAGUGGCGAUGGUACUGGGCAUAUUGCAUGA